AUGGCUUCUUCUCCACAGAAAACAUCCAUAGAGGUGCUGCCUCCAGAAAUCUUACUUCCGAUCGUCACAAGCCUUCCUGGUCUCGAUACGCUUUGGGAUUUGCUGAGGGCAUCCCCCAACGCCUGGCGUCUCUUCAACGAGAAUGCCCUUUUUAUUGUUGAAAAUAUUCUCUCCGGCCCCAACGCGAUAUUACCACCUGUGGUUGUAGAAGUGGUGCGCGCCGUUAUACUUGCGCGCUCAAAGGCACUCCCUUUCCAGAACCUACGUGACUUGCAGCGCCGAUUCUUGUUCAGGUUGUUUCCCUGCUUUCCAUCGAUCGGUCAAAGCAAGGAUAACUUGAUCAAAAUUGGGCCUGAAGUUUUAUCAGCUGCAGCACCAUCUGUGUCGGUUAUUCGAUCCACGGUUGCAACAGCUUGCCAGAUCUCGACCCUUUCGCAGGCAUGCUUGUCAUCUUAUCUUGAACGACUAAGAGACCCCAGCUUCAGGCCGAUGCACUGCCUCGACCCUUACCUAAGUUACAUCAACUUUCAUGGGCCUGAUGGUAAGCGGGUCAUGGCUUGGGAUUGUGUCUUUGAAGGUACACCUGCGAAGGUGGUUGAUGCUGGACAGCCAAACUGGGUAGAAGAGAUGCGAGCUGUUCGUGCUCUAUGGAUCAUUCAGCUCGUGGGAGAAGUUCAGUAUCAGAGCCAUACUUUGGACUGGCCAAAUGAAGAUGUCGAUAAGUUGAAAGGCAUGAGCCCGGCUGACAUGAUCGAUCAAAAUAACUUUGAUGAAGCUCGUCAAAAAUCCGAAGAGGUCAAGUCUCUAAUGCAAUACAUUGCUACACUUGGGGAAGCCAAACAAGAUACAUACUACCAACUUCCCCCACCGCCACCAUUCGUAAGAUGGAUCACGGCGUCGCCCAACCGCAACGAACGUUUCCGCAAGUUGAUUCGGCAUAGCAAGGAUGGGACACCACUCUGUAUGCGAUGUCCCACCGACGACAAGUUAUGGGGUCGGACUGAAGAGUGCCUGGGACAAGAAGCUCCUGGAAUGCUAAUAUACAGAGAGCUCAACAGACCCUGUAUUGCUAGACCCGGUGCAUCACCAAUAGAAGGAGUAGAGUUUGGCUCGUUCCGCCAGCUCGGUUUCGCAUUCUGGGAUACGUGGAGGAUGCACCUUUUGGGUAUGCACGGCGGUUUGCAUGACCAUCAAAUGCGCGGCGAUCCUUUUUAUCUGUUUGCUUGGGAGAGUAUCCUACCCAAUGACGAGGUUGCAUAUCUGAAGGUUGAGUUGCGAGAAAAGGGACGUAUCGAUUUCAGAGGUAUGAGUUAG